GAACAUGCAGUCAUAUCGACUUUCGAUCUCUUUAGCAUCGGUGUCGGCCCAAGUAGCUCGCAUACAGUGGGGCCUAUGAGAGCAGGCAGGAUCUUUAUUUCGGACUUGCAAGAGUUAGGCGUCCUUGAGAAGAUUCCACAACUCUCUGUAAGAUAUGGGUCCUUGGCAGCCACAGGUAAAGGCCACCACACACCCCAAGCCAUCUUGCUAGGACUAGAAGGAUCGGAUCCCGAGACGAUAGACACCGGGACCAUCCCCUCUCGGUAUGCUUCCAUAGUCGACAACAAGACACUCCUCCUGGGCGGUAAACACAGUAUUCACUACGACAUGGACCGUGACAUGCUCUGGCGGUUUGACCAGGUCUUGAAGACACAUCCAAACGGGAUGCGGUUCUCGGUCUUUGACGAAAACGGUGACCUGCUGGCGACGAAUGAGUACUUCAGUGUUGGUGGCGGCUUUGUCGUCAACGACAAGACGAAAGUCGACGAGAACUUGUUCUACAAGAGCGUUGACAAGAGCGCCGUGCAUGGAGCUCGUCUACACCAGAGCCACAUGACUGAACCGGGCGACAUCCAGCCUCCAAGCGGUGCCCCUCAGCCUCCAUACCCCUUCACGACUGGCGAGAGCUUGCUCGCCUUAACCAGGAAACAUAACAUGACAAUAGCCCAGAUUGUCUUCGACAACGAGAUGUCCUUCGGCCUGACUGAAGACGACAUCCACCAGAAGUUAAUGCGCAUAUGGGCCGUGAUGGACGACUGCAUCCGGCAGGGAGUCGCCACACCGGAGUUGACGCUGCCGGGGCGACUGGGUCUACGUCGUCGUGCGCCGAUGCUCUACAGGAGGCUUAUGCGAGGGUUCUACCCCGGCCUGGUGUCACCACGUGUCCCCUCGCUCGACGCGCCGUCGCAAGAGCCCUCUCCAGCUGUCGAGGCCCCCGCAGGGGAAGAGCCCAGCCAACCCCAGUCGUCGAGCUCGGGUAGUUCAGGCAACACAAGCAGGCAGAGUAAAUCCAUAUCCCGGCCGGCACGCGUCGUGGGCUCGCUCGAUCAUCCGAUGUUGCCCAUGCCCCCACGCAAGACGGUCAUUCCAGCCAUGGAUUUCCUCUCGUGCUACGCUAUCGCGGUGAACGAGGUGAAUGCGGGCGGAGGCCGCAUCGUGACGAGUCCUACAAACGGUGCUGCAGGCGUUAUUCCAGCGGUCUUGAAGUACAUCGUAGAGUUCGUGAGCGACGACCCCGAGAAGAGUACCCAGACAUUCUUGUUGACGGCUGCGGCGGUUGGUAUGCUGUUCAAGCGCGGCAGUACUAUAUCUGCCGCUGAAGGCGGGUGCCAAGCUGAAGUCGGAGUGGCCUGCUCGAUGGCAGCCGCUGGUUUUGCAGCGUGCAUGGGAGCGACCCCCGAAACCGUUUUACAGGCUGCAGAGAUUGGUAUCGAACACAACCUCGGGUUGACGUGCGACCCCAUCGAUGGGCUAGUGCAGGUUCCCUGUAUAGAGCGGAAUAGCCUCGGAGCCGUGAAAGCUAUCACUGCCGCGCAGUUGUCCAUGGCCAGCGAUGGCGUCUACAGCGUUACGCUCGAUGAAGCUAUAGAGGCUAUGCGGGUGACUGCCGCCGAUAUGAGCGUCAAGUAUAAGGAGACGAGUUUGUCGGGACUUGCGACAACGGUGAAGAUUCCGUUGACCGUUCCGGCUUGCUAACCCCGGCUAGCCUAUCACACGUUGGCAAUGGCACGCCCUUGGACAUAGACAUACUUCUCAUUUAUCGAAUCUAGACUUACGAUAGCAUUGAUAUUAUGACUUUGGACAUCUUACUGCAUCACUUCAACCAUCUCUGCUUGAGUGGUGGAUCCCCG